AUGUCAAACCUUGUCGUCGGACUCAAUCUAUAUAGCAGCCAUGCGCAAGAGUGCGCGCUGGCUAUUGAUCAACUAGGACCUUGUCUUCUCCACGAGAAUCUGACUCCAGCCUUGGGUCAGCUCCGCUCCAUCUCCAUGCGCCUGUCGCAUUCUGUCGCAGGCGAUGCUGAAGACCGCUGCGACGACGACGAUUCGGACGAAUCGAGUAUUCCGUCGGGCAAUGCGCCGUCCGACUCAAAGAAUGUCGAGGCGAAGCCCUUAAAAUCCAUUUCAAACGAUAUUAACACGGCUCUCGAUCCAGCAUCUUACGUCCGUCACUUCCUGAAUGUGUGCCCUCCUUUACAGUCUCUGCACAUCCAUUAG